AUGGGUUCCUUUGGAAAUCUUGCGAGGAGGGCUGUGGAGACUGAGAUGCCGAUUAUGGUUAAGAUGCAGGAUUUGCUUCGAGGUGCUAAGAAUGCUGUGUCUUUAGCUCAGGGGGUGGUUUAUUGGCAACCACCAAAGGAAGCAUUGGAUAAGGUGAAAGAACUUGUGUAUGAGCCUUCUAUUAGCCGUUACGGCAAUGAUGAAGGUAUUCCUGAACUCAGAGCGGCAUUAGUGAACAAGUUGCGUAAUGAAAACAAUCUGCACAAAUCCUCGGUGAUGGUUACCGCAGGUGCCAAUCAGGCGUUCGUGAAUCUAGUUCUUACUCUGUGUGACGCGGGAGAUUCUGUGGUUAUGUUUGCUCCGUACUACUUCAAUUCAUACAUGGCCUUCCAGAUGACUGGCAUUACCGACAUACUAGUUGGUCCUGGUAACCCGGAAACACUACAUCCUGAUGUAGACUGGUUGGAAAAAGUGUUAUCGGAACGUAAACCUGUCCCGAAGCUAGUCAGUGUUGUAAAUCCCGGCAAUCCAUCUGGAACCUACAUUCCCGAGUCUCUUCUGAAGAGGAUUGCAAAUCUCUGCGAGAAAGCUGGAUCUUGGCUUGUCGUGGACAAUACAUAUGAGUACUUUAUGUUCGACGAUCUGAAACACUCUUGCGUGGAAGGAAAUCAUGUUGUGAACAUUUUCUCUUUCUCGAAAGCUUAUGGAAUGAUGGGAUGGCGAGUUGGAUACAUAGCAUACCCUUCUGAGGUAGAAGGACUCGCUACGCAGCUUCUGAAAGUCCAAGACAACAUUCCAAUCUGCGCUUCAAUAAUUUCACAACACCUUGCUCUCUACUCAUUAGAAUUGGGACCCGAGUGGGUUAUCGAACGAGUAAAAACUCUCGCAAAGAACCGACACAUUGUCUUGGAGGCUCUUUCCUCUCUCGGAGAAGGUUCUAUCAAAGGAGGAGAAGGAGCUAUUUAUCUCUGGGUGAAGAUCCCUAGUAGACACGGUUACGAUGAUUUUGAAGUUGUUCACUGGCUAGCGAAUAGGCACGGGAUUGCUGUUAUCCCCGGAAGCGCGUGCGGUGCUCCUGGAAAUCUUAGAAUUUCGUUCGGAGGAUUGACGGAGAAUGACUGUAGAGCAGCGGCGGAAAGGCUUAAGAAAGGUUUGGAAGAACUGGCUGCGCAUGGUUUGGUACAAGACUAG